AUGCAUAUAAAUGUUUCUGACAUCAACUCGUCUUAUAAUUCGUUUAAACAAAAAGAAAACUGGAUCCAAUACAGCGAACGCGAUACUAUCUUUCAAGAAGCCAAUAACAACCAAGAAGGCGUAUCUCUAUUGUUCAAAGACAUCCCAAAAUUCCAAGUCCUCGGCCAGACCAUCCACCACUCAAAGGAACCCGUCUUCGAAUCAGUCGGCCAUUUCCUAUCCACCAUGAAAAAGGUACUCACUGCAGGCAAGAGCACCAUUGACUCUUCCUGGAAGAUUUGGCCUCCCAUGGCAUUUGAUCAUGACCACGAUCCCUGGUAUGAGACAAAUCUCCAAGGCAAGGACCUCUCAUGGGCAGAGCUCGAAAUGGGAUCCCGUAUGCUCACUAUGACCAUGGGACCCAACGAGAGCAUCCUUGACUACGGCAUGCGAUUCCAAAAAGCUUGCAGAGAAGAUGGCCCGAUUGGCGUUUUCGUUGACGCCAUGAUAUUCAUGAGUAGUUUGUACCCCGACCUUUGCACCAAUAUAAAGCUUGCGUGGUUUGCUAGACACACAGAAAUGCCGCAAACGAUCGAACAAGUCCUCUUGUUGACAAACGGUGUAUCAACCAGCCACAAGAAGAGCAACCCAUAUUGGGUUAGAGGGACCAGUAAGAAAGUUGGCAUAGAAGACUUAAAAGAUUGGCAAGUGCUUUUGUGUUCAGCACAAGUUCAACAACACACAUACAUUGAGUGA